UGCUCUAGCCUCCCCGUUUGGGAAGAAGAACCCUUUGAGCCUGAGAUACUGGUGUGCCUAAAUGAUAAAGGAAUUAGCUUUUGGCUUCUGAGUAUCAGCCCGGGAACUGCACUGCAUGAUCCUGUUGAACAGAAGGCCACCUGAUAACCAGAUGCCAUGCAGUAUACACUCAACCCUAAUCUUCAAAGGCCACCGAAUGUUGAGUAGCCAGCUGGAUCAGUUUCUUCUUUGUGGCAUAUGUGGAAUAUUGUGCGCCAAAAAAAAAUCUGGACUUGUCAUGAUCCUCUUUUCUGCCUGCUGCAUCUGUGGACUCAUUGGGGGCAUCUUGAAUUUUCAGUUCCUUCGGGCAGUGACAAAGAAGACCUCUUCCCUCUAUCCCCUGCAUCUUGCGUCCAUGUCUCUUGCGUGCAUUGGGAUCGGGGGCUGCACCCUCUCUUCAUGGCUCACUUGUCGACUAGCCAGCUAUGAACAGCGGAGGAUGUUCUCAGAGAGGGAGCAUUCUCUGCAUCACUCUCAUGAAAUGGCUGAGAAAAGAUUGAGGGCUAUUGAAAUAACCGACUUGCCCAGCUGCCCGGUGGUGCCCCCGACACCAGAGUUACCUACAAGGAAAUGACAGACAACAUGAGCAAUGGAGGACCACAGCUGAUAUUUAAUGGAAGAGUAUAAUCAAUAUUUUAA